GAUAUCAAAUACAGUAUAAAGCAAAUAAAAAUUAAUAUUAUACACUGCUAACUAUAGUAGCUACUCUGAUGGUGAAGGCUGAAGAGUAGAGAAGAGAAGAGAAGAGAAGAGAAGAGAAGAGAAGAGAAAAGAAGAAAAGAAGAAAAGAAACGAAACAAGAGUGUUGUACGCUAUUUUACAGUUGCCACGAGCACACCGCCCGAUAUGGAGCAAUCUCAGAUUUCCAUCCGCCCAAAUCAAGAAUAUACGUCCGCGCCCCCGCGCUAUUCUGUUCCCGUAGCUGCUCAACCUCUAAGAGAGUACUCUCGUGACUCUCGGCCUAGCCGGGGUUGCUCAUCCCGUAUCUGUACUUUUCUACAUACAUCUAUAUAUAUAUCUAUAUAAAUACGUAUAUUAAUGUAUAUAUAUAUAUCAAUGUAUAUAUACAUAUAUAAAUAUAUACGCGGCAAUUUAGUUAUCUUUUAUUGACUGUCAAUAAAACGUACUCAAUAAAUAUUACCGACAAUUAUUUAUUUAUAUAUUUUUAAUAACUAUGUGAUAUUAAUACUGAGGAUUAUGUGAAUAGUGUGUUAUUUAUAUUAUAAUUAAAAUUAUUGACAAGAUUACUAAUUAUUUGUUGUGUACAUGUUGCCAGAAAACGCUUUUCCCGUUACAGGUGAGUAGAUUUAAAAUUCUAUUUGUAGAAUCGGCAGAUCCGUGAAUCGAGGAUAAUUCGGGACAUACAUUAAGUGGGGUGGUCUCUUGUUUAUGUGUAUGGAGAAUGAGUGAGGGGAAUUAUGCAGACUGAGGAAGUGCCGCGUGCACAUACUACUGGAAUAGAUGGAUCGUUGACAGACAGUUCGUCUUAUCAGCACUCUUUUAAUAUCUCUCCACUUCUGCAAACCUCAUUACCAGCUUCAGUUCCUAUGGCAGUUAAACAAGAACCUAAAGAAGACAACGACGAUCAUCGUCAUAGUAAUAAUAUUCAUAGAUCCAGUUCUAAUGAGGCACUUAAGAGUUUGGAAGAAGAACCGAGCGUCUUAUCGGCUUCAACUGUUGAAGUAACUCAUCUCCAUCAUGCUGCACACGAUAAUACUUUACAGCAUUUACCACAAUUACACCAACAUCAGCAUCAGAUUCAGAAUCAGCAGGAUAAACAGACCGACAAUAAUAUUUCUGAACGAACCAAUCAGGAUCAAGGUAGAUCAAGAACAAGUCGUGGCCGAAGAAAAUCACGUUGGAAACUUAAAUUUCACCACCAAGCCCUCCCGCCUGAAUAUUUGGACCACUACGAAGCUGCACUGGCCCAAGAAGCCUUAAACUCAUCACCAACACGAGGACAGGAAAUAUCUUUGGUAUCAAGUCCUACUACGCCAGCAACGUCAACUUUGACAACGCCGACGAUUCCAAGUUCAACAGCCAGUUCAACUGACGUUCAAGGCUGGUUGCAAAGAAUAACAGCUAUGCAGCAAGAACUUUGUCCCAGAGUAGUUGGUUGUUCGAAUGACACGACAAUGCACUCUAAUUUACGAAGAUCAGUCAUAACAUCAUCGUCUCAUACUUACUCUUCUCAACAACCUCAUUAUCAGCUAAAUAAUAAAAACAACAACAACAACAACAACAACAACAACAACAACAACAACAACAAUAAUAAUAAUAAUCAUCUUCAUCAGCAAUCGACAAUAGUAGCACAAUCGACUUCACGACCGCCUAUGAAAUACUCAGAUUUACCUUACAUGGGGGAGAUUACCUUGGACAAUAGUAAACCACGUCGUGGAAGAAAACCCAAGAAGGCGGACAUAUGUCAUCUUAUCUAUAAGAAUUAUGGAACAAUACUACCAGGUACGCCCGGUCACGACGACAAAAAACAACAACUACAGCUACCACCAUUAGCAACCACCGGGUUACGAUCAUUUAACCAUCCCCAUCCUCAUCCUCAUUCUCAUAAUAAUAAUAAUAAUAAUAAUAAUAAUAAUAAUAAUAACAAUAAUAAUAAUAAAAAUAAUAAUAAUAAUAAUAAUAAUAAUACUAAUAAUAAUAAUAAUAAUAAUAACAGUAAUAACAGUAAUAAUAGUAAUAAUAAAAAUAAUAAUAAUAAUAAUAAUAAUAAUAAUAAAUUAAAUCCUCAAAUUUCAAUGCAACGAACUGACAUACAAAAUCGGAUCAGUAGUUUACUCGAGAAACGUUUAACUCAAGAAUGUCGUGCUGGUACAACCGAUGAAGGGAGUUGUGAACAAGAUGAACCGCUUAAUCUGUGCAUUAAAGAUUUAAAUCAACUUAAAAUAAGGUUAUCGAAAAAACACGGUGUUUAUGAAUCUGGACACGUUAAAAGUGAAACUUGUAGUGAAGACGGUGAGGAUAUUGAGUGUCUUGGUUCUAAGGAACAUGUUACUUUAAAUAAUAAUAAUAAUAAUAAUAAUAAUAAUAAUAAUAAUAAUAAUAAUAAUAAUAAUAAUAAUAAUAACAAUAAUAAUAAUAAUAAUGAUUCAAAUUCAAAUUUUGUUUACUGGCCAAAUGGUGUAUUUAUAAAUCCAAUGACACUUGAAUCACAGUUUUUAUAUUAUCAAAAAAUGGGUGAAAAUAAUAGUGAGGAACAGAAACAGCAAAAAGAAGAGAAAAAAAAUAUUGUACCCAAGUCAAUAUAUACGAUGAUGGAUAAGAAUCCUGUAACGUUACAUUCCCCAGCAAUAACGACGACAUCAUCAUUAUCAUCAUCACCAUCGUCGACAUCAUUAUCAUCAUCAGCAUCAUCAUCAUCAUCAUCAUCAUCAUCAUCACCAUCCUCAUCUCCAACAAGUCCAGUGACAGUGGUACCAUCACCGGUAUCUGCAAUAGCAUUAACAUCAACAUUAACAUCAACAUCAACAUCAACAGCAUCAGUGAUUGUGCCAAUUUCACCACGAGCUAAACGUAUUGCACCUAUAGGUAAUCCAUUGAUUCAUCAGCAACCAACAAAACGUAAACGGUCAGCUAUAUUUAUACCACCAAUGCCAACAGAAAAUACAAAUAAUCCCGCAACAGAAGUCAGUAUAUGUAAAUUUAAAUUUACCGGUGGUGCUAAACCAAGUUUACAAGAAAAAAAAAGUUUGUCUGUCGAUUCGGGAGGUAAUUUUCGUUAUUAUAGCGGGACUGGUGAUAAAAGUAUGCGUGGAUAUGAGUUUUUUCCACGUGAAUCACUUCAACAACCUGCUGGACAAGCCACCAGUGGUACUUCUGCUGCAGGUACUUUUUUGAAUGCUGCUGGUGAAAAAAUUCAACCACCAGGUUUGGUAGUAUCACAGUCUCUGGUUUCCUCUUCACCUUCAAGAACAAUUAUAAAUCAGCAUCAACAACAACAACAUGAUGAUGUCCGGAAAAAGAGAAAAACUCGGAAAUCACUUCAACGUGAAAAAUUAGAACAAACAUUUAAAGAAAAGGGUUUUCUUAUACAAACACAGCAAUUAGAAUCUGCAGAAGGUGCAACUUACUGUAAAUUUCGGCAGCUGAGAAAAUUUACCCGAUAUCUGUUUAGAAGUUGGAAAGAUUAUUUACCGGGUAAUGUAUGUGAUUUAAGUGGAGGAGUAGGAGUUAACGCUCCUGGUGGAGAUGUCGAGUCACUUGAGACUGAGGUUGAGAGCGUUGAUAGAGAUCAUUCCGCGUCACCUCUUUCUCUUUCUCUCUCUCUUCCGGGUAGUAUAGCCGAAAUACAUAACGCUAAUGUUAAUCUUUAACAACAUCAAACACAGCUCACAUCAAUAUGUGAAUAUAUAACACCCUUGCUGUUUUUCUGUUUUUCUGUUUUUCUGUUUUUAAAACGGAUUUGCAUUUACAUAUUUAUAUUUAUUUUUAUUUUUAAUAUUAUCUUUUAUCUUUGUUUUUAAUUUUUUUUUUUUUUUUUCUUUUUAUGAGGCCUAAAGUACAAUGACUUUAAGUGACUCGAACUAAAAUUGCUUCUUUUAAUGCUCAUAAUAUUUUUAUUCUCUAAAUAAUAUAGAAAGAAAUUUAACUUGACACUAUUAUCUUAUUUUAAAAUAAUAAAUUACCUGGUAAAAUUAUUUUUUAAUACACUAGUGUACAGAAAAUUAAAAAAAAUUUAUUUUUCUAAAUAUUUUUUUUCUUUUUAAUAUAAAUUUUUUGGUUAUAUUGUAUAAAUUAAAAUUAACUAAUAAGUUUAUAUAAUUUAUGAGUUAAUAAACUCUGUGCAUACAUUAAAAAUAUCACUAAUAUUUUUAAACUAUUAAUUGUUAAAGUUUAAAUUAAACAAUAUUUAAGUCAAAUGAAAAUAAAUAAAAAUAAAUAAUAAUCGGGUAUAAAACCCGAUGCCAAAGAUGGUAAUGAUGUAAAUAUAUGAAAAAGUUUAUUAACCAAAGACCAAUAUUCGUGCCUUAUUUGUUGAUAAAUAAUAGAUUAAACUCAAAUCAGCAAGAUUUUAUUUUUAUAAAAUUAAAAUAUAAAUUUAUUUUAAAUAUCAAUGGUUUUAAAUCUUGCAUUUGUUGAUUAUUAAGUGAGUGAGACUAAUGAAAUUUAUAAAUGGUUGUCAUAUUUUUUUAAGUUUAUUUAAUUAUUUAUCGGAUUCUAGUCUUAUUUAU